AUGUCCAUAACCACGACUAACAUCCCCUAUCCCAGCGGCGACUCCUACUCACAAACCGGCUUCAGCACCUCCAGCACCCAGCCCAACGCCUCCAACCCCAUGGGAAACCCAGACCUAGGAAUCGGCACCACCACCAACGGCCCCAACUGGAUCGGCUACCUCACGACGGAAGAAAACAGCACCACCGUGCUUUCCUAUAAUCUGGCCGUCGGCGGCGCCACCAUCGACAACGCGCUCGUCUCGGCCUACGCGGGCGACGUAGCCUCGCAGAUCCGUCUCUUCGAAGACGUCUACAGCUCCAAGCCCGCCACCGCGCCUUGGACAUCCGAGAACGCCGUCUUUGGGUUCUGGAUUGGGAUUAAUGACAUCGGCAACGGCUUCCCCACCACCAACGCAGAAACCUACACCCCGAUCCUCAUAACCCGACUCCUCUCCCUCGCCUCAACGCUGUACGCCUCGGGCGCGCGCAAAUUCCUCUUCCUCAACGUGCCGCCCACCAGUCGCACGCCCUUCUUCCAGGACCAAGGCAACGCCACCGUCGCCGAAGUCGCCGCCUACCUGUCCGUGUACAACCGCAACCUGGAGAGCAUGGUCGACUCCUGGACAAGGGAAAAGGGCGACGUGACGACCGUGUUUUAUGAUUCAUGGUCGUUUAUGAGCAAGGUCCUCGAUGAUCCGACUAAGUAUGGGUUUCCGAAUAAUACCUGCAUUGAUGAUGAUGGGACGAGCUGUGUUUGGUGGAAUGAUUAUCAUCCCGGUAUGAAGUAUCAUCUUUUGCAGGCGGAGGAUAUGAAACCUUAUCUUGGGGGGUUGGGGGGGUGGUAG